CCUAUCAUUAUACAGUCCACUCAUUUAGUAACUAAAUUAAUUUUUGAAUAUGAACAUAAUAAAUUGAUGCAUGCCGGCCCUCAACUACUAUUGGCUACCAUCAGGGAAACUUACUGGCCGAUAGGCGGCCGCAACUUAGCAAGAAAAUGUUAUCGUCAAUGCGUACGUUGUAAUCGCAUGAAGGGUAAGACUUUUAACCCAUUAAUGGGAAAUUUGCCGCAGCAGCGACUUCAACCAGGUGGAUACCCAUUUGAUAGUGUAGGCGUAGACUAUGCAGGCCCUAUGGCUGUCGCUAAUCGCACAGGCCGUGGCUGUAGACUCACUAAAUCGUACAUUGCAAUUUUUGUAUGUUUCACGACCAAAGCGGUACACCUUGAGCUAGUGGGUGAUUUAACAAGUAAAAAUUACCUUCUCGCGCUGCGCAGAUUCAUCUCACGCAGAGGAAAACCCUCUCACAUAUUUUCAGAUAACGGUACCUCAUUCGUAGGAGCGGUUAACGAGAUUUCGAAAUUCUUGAAAGGCAAUUGUGAUUCAUUGGCUUCGGACAUGGCGCAGGAAAGUAUUAAUUUUCAUUUCAUACCUGCGUAUAGUCCUAAUUUUGGAGGUCUCUGGGAGGCUGGCGUUAAGUCAGUUAAAUUUCAUUUGAAUAGAGUGCUGGGAAAUUGUAAUCUUACGUUCGAAGAGCUCACUACCACUUUGGUGCAAAUCGAGGCGAUACUUAACUCUCGGCCACUCUCUCCGUUGUCAUCGGACCCCGCAGACCUGACGCCACUCACGCCCGGCCACUUCCUCAUCGGCCGCCCUCUCACCGCCCUGCCGAACUCCAGCUACGCAGACUGCCCCAUCAGCAGGUUAACACGAUUUCAACGCAUUGAGCAAUUACGCCAACACUUUUGGACGAGAUGGAGCAAAGAGUACAUUGCAGAACUUCAGCAAAGAGCCAAAUGGCAUUCAUGCAAGUACUCCCUAGAAGUCGACACGCUUGUACUGCUGAAAGAAGAUGGACUUCCACCUCUAAAAUGGAAACUUGGGCGCAUUGUCAAAGUCUUUCCUGGUGCCAGUGAUGGGAUCUGUCGAGUUGCUGACAUACAGACUGCAAACGGCAUCGUACGGCGUAGCUUCAGCAAGAUUGUUCCGUUGCUCCCAGAAGAAGACGUUUCGGUUGAAGGACGAGCCUUCAACGCGCGGGGGCAUGUUCGCGAUCGCGAGUGAUACCCUAUAUAAAAAUUGUGACAUUGACAGUGGUGCCAACCGUCGUACACCCUAUAUUUUAAGUUUCUCUCUCUGCCUUGUGGAACCGAUCAGUACACACGUCUGUUGAAAUUA